GGAGACGGCCCGCACCCUGGGAGGGGUCUGCAGACAGGAACUGCCCGCCUGGCCAGCCUGCUUCCUACUAACAGCCCGACCUGCCUGGGAGAAGUGCAAUUGGAGUUGGGCUGUGGCCCCGCUUUGCUUUGUCCACUUGCAGAAAUGACUCUCAAUGCAGGGAAUAUAAAUUUUAAGUGGGACCCAAAAAGUUUGGAAAUUCGAACUCUUGCAGUUGAAAGGCUUCUUGAGCCAUUGGUUUCUCAGGUGACAACUCUGGUUAAUACUAGCAAUAAGGGACCAUCAAAUAAAAAGAAAGGCCGUUCUAAGAAAGCUCAUGUUUUGGCUGCAUCUGUUGAGCAAGCAACUCAAAACUUUCUGGAGAAAGGAGACAAAAUAGCCAAAGAGAGCCAAUUUCUCAAGCAGGAGUUAAUAGAUGCAGUUGAGGAUGUUCGCAAGCAAGGAGAGUUAAUGAGAAGCGCUUCUGGGGAGUUUGCUGAUGAUCCAUGCUCAUCUGUGAAACGCGGAAACAUGGUUCGAGCUGCACGUGCACUGCUGUCUGCAGUUACAAGAUUGCUUAUAUUGGCUGAUAUGGCAGAUGUCUACAAACUACUUGUUCAGCUUAAAGUGGUGGAAGAAGGAAUUGUAAAACUAAGAAAUGCUGGCACAGAGCAGGAUUUAGGAAUACAAUACAAAGCUUUAAAAGCUGAGGUUGACAAGUUGAAUGUAAUGGCUGCAAAACGGCAACAGGAGCUAAAAGAUGUGGGGCACAGAGAUCAGAUGGCUGCAGCUCGUGGAAUCCUGCAGAAGAAUAUCCCAAUUCUUUAUACUGCUUCCCAAGCAUGUCUGCAACAUCCUGAUGUAGCUGCUUACAAAGCAAACAGGGACUUGAUCUAUAAACAACUCCAGCAAGCAGUCACUGGCAUCUCUAAUGCAGCACAAGCCACAUCAUCUGAGGAAAUCGCUGCACAGCAUGGAGGAGGAGAGCUAGCUAUUGCGCUAAACAAUUUUGAUAAACAAAUCAUUGUGGAUCCUCUUGGCUUCAGUGAAGAGAGAUUCAGACCAUCAUUGGAGGAACGAUUAGAAAGUAUCAUUAGUGGAGCUGCUCUUAUGGCUGACUCCUCUUGCACCCGUGAUGACCGCCGGGAGCGAAUAGUAGCUGAAUGUAAUUCUGUUCGACAGGCUUUGCAGGAUCUUCUGUCAGAAUAUAUGGGAAAUACUGGACGAAAGGAAAGAAGUGAUGCGCUAAACUCUGCAAUAGACAAGAUGACAAGAAAAACACGAGACCUGCGCAGACAGCUGCGUAAAGCUGUUAUGGAUCAUGUUUCUGACUCCUUUCUGGAGACAAAUGUACCACUACUUGUAUUGAUUGAAGCUGCGAAGAAUGGAAAUGAGAAAGAGGUCAAAGAAUAUGCCCAAGUGUUUCGUGAACAUGCAAACAAACUUAUUGAGGUGGCCAAUUUGGCAUGCUCCAUAUCCAAUAACGAAGAAGGUGUCAAACUAGUUCGCAUGUCCGCAAGUCAGCUGGAAGUUUUAUGUCCACAGGUAAUAAAUGCAGCUUUGGCCCUUGCUGCUAAGCCUCACAGCAAAGUAGCUCAAGAAACAAUGGAUCUUUUCAAAGAGCAGUGGGAAAAACAAGUUCGUAUCUUGACUGAUGCAGUUGAUGACAUCACUUCAAUCGAUGACUUCUUGGCUGUUUCAGAAAAUCAUGUUUUGGAGGAUGUCAAUAAAUGUGUCAUAGCUCUUCAGGAAAAAGAUGUUGAUGGUCUGGAUCGUACAGCUGGUGCAAUACGUGGGCGUGCAGCUAGAGUCAUCUAUGUUGUUACUUCAGAGAUGGAUAAUUAUGAACCUGGAGUCUACACAGAAAAAGUUUUGGAAGCGACCAAACUUUUGUCAAAUACAGUCAUGCCACGAUUUACAGAGCAAGUUGAAGCUGCAGUUGAAGCCCUCAGUGGAGACACCAAUCAACCAAUGGAUGAAAAUGAAUUUAUUGAUGCCUCUCGAUUAGUGUAUGAUGGUAUUCGUGAUAUCCGAAAGGCAGUGCUGAUGAUAAGAACUCCUGAAGAGUUGGAUGAUUCAGAUUUUGAGACUGAAGACUUUGAUGUAAGAAGUCGAACCAGUGUCCAGACUGAAGAUGACCAACUUAUUGCUGGACAGAGCGCAAGAGCAAUUAUGGCUCAAUUGCCACAAGAACAAAAGGCUAAAAUUGCUGAACAGGUGGCAAGUUUCCAAGAGGAGAAAAGUAAACUUGAUGCUGAAGUAUCAAAAUGGGAUGAUAGUGGAAAUGACAUUAUCGUUCUAGCCAAGCAAAUGUGCAUGAUAAUGAUGGAGAUGACUGAUUUUACUAGAGGAAAGGGACCACUUAAAAAUACAUCAGAUGUUAUUAGUGCAGCAAAGAAGAUUGCAGAAGCUGGGUCACGUAUGGACAAGCUGGGACGUACCAUAGGUGAUCAUUGUCCUGAUUCGACUUGUAAACAGGAUCUUUUGGCAUAUCUUCAGCGCAUCGCUCUAUACUGUCACCAGCUAAACAUUUGCAGCAAAGUUAAGGCUGAAGUUCAGAAUCUUGGGGGUGAAUUGGUUGUCUCUGGGGUUGAUAGUGCCAUGUCCCUAAUUCAAGCUGCCAAGAAUUUGAUGAAUGCUGUGGUACAAACAGUAAAGGCAUCUUAUGUGGCCUCUACAAAGUACCAGAAAUCUCAAGGAAUGGCAUCCUUAAAUCUCCCAGCAGUUUCUUGGAAAAUGAAGGCUCCAGAGAAAAAGCCCCUGGUCAAGAGAGAAAAACAGAAUGAAACUCAAACCAAAAUAAAACGUGCAUCUCAGAAGAAACAUGUCAAUCCUGUGCAGGCACUUAGUGAAUUUAAAGUUAUGGAGAGCAUAUAAGCAUAUAUGAUACAAAUGUGAUAUUUUGCAUUGUUCACUUUUCUUACAUAAGCCAGUUGGGUCUUUUUUAGAGAAUUAACACAAUCAAUUUGGAAAGUAUUUUAUAUCAUUUAUAUGACACCACUGUCAACAUGGAAAGUUUUGUAAAUCCACUUUUCUGUAGUUGUCGAUUGCCUGCAUUGGUCAUGUGGCUUAGGCGCUACUCGGCUCCAUUCGAACACCCACGAUCA